CCUCGCCAGGCGACUGACAUGAUGGCGGCUCUCUGCGGAGGCAUGCUGCGGGGUUGUAUUUUGAAGCCGCUGGGAUUGUCAGGGAGUCUGCAGCUAAAGCGGAAUGUGAGAGCCCUACGGCGGACUCCCGUGCGGGUAAUACAAGCGGAUGAGGAGGGUCGAGAGCGUAAGCAGGUGGAAGCGAGUCGGCAAAGGCAGCCUAGGCAGAAUGAGUCCCAGGCAUGUAAAGCUGUGGGGGUCAGCCCGGCUACCGUAGACAUUGAAGCCCCAGCGCAUGAGUUCAGAUACGAGAGAGCGUUACCCGGCGAUAAGAGAUUGAGCAAAGUUGUUACUAUUGCCAAAUCCAAGAAAUUUCGUGACCGCCACGGGCAGGUAUUGCUAGAAGGGCAGAGACUGCUUACGGAUGCACUGGAUUCAGGCGCUGUUCUACAGACACUGUUCUUUAGCAGAGUGGACUAUUUGAAGGAGUUUCCACCUGAUAAACUAAGGAAAACAAACCUCAUCAAAGUCAACUUUGAGAAUAUUAAGAUCUGGUCAGAUCUGGUUACUCCACAGGGACUUAUGGGAAUUUUUGCAAAGCCAGAUCAUGUAAAGAUGACUUAUCCAGAUACCCAGACAAAGCACACUUUACCUCUGUCUCUUAUAUGUGACAACAUCCGUGAUCCUGGUAACUUGGGUACUAUUCUGAGAUGUGCUGCAGGGGCUGGCUGCAGUAAAGUGUUACUCACAAAAGGUUGUGUUGAUGCAUGGGAGCCAAAGGUACUGAGAGCUGGAAUGGGAGCUCACUUCCGACUGCCAAUAAUCACCAGCCUGGACUGGGAUAUUGUGCCCAAUUACCUGCCUGCAGGUACAAAAGUCUUCCUGGCUGAUAACUUCAGACCUGAUAACCAGAAUAAACCUGCUGAAGUUUCUGAGAAAGCAAGUGACUAUGGUUGGGUUGCAACCGAUCCAAAGAGAAUAUUUAUCACUGAGGAUGGAUACGAAAGCUCUAGUGAUGAAGAGGACAAUACUGACAAACUUUAUAUCCCUGGUCUAGAGGUGCAGAGUUAUUUUGAACGCUGGGCUCAGGGUCCUUGUGCAGUUGUGAUUGGAGGAGAGACUCAUGGUUUGAGCAUAGAAUCCUUGUUGCUGGCUGAAAAAUCAAAUGGCAAAAGACUCAACAUUCCAGUUGUUCCUGGUAUAGACAGCCUAAACUCUGCUAUGGCUGCCAGUAUCCUACUGUUUGAAGGGAAAAGGCAGAUUGAGAAUACAAUGAAGAGGAAAUCCUGCGUAACUGAGUGACAUAAUAAAUAUGCAGGGGUUUUACACUGCUUCACUUGCUCUGCGUGCUGGGGGACGGUACCUCUGGGAAAUAUUUAUGAAUAUCUAUGGUGUUCUAGUGUACAGUCUCAAUUUCCCCAAAAUUUCUUUUAUAUAAACCUUAACUGAUCUAGUAUAAUCGUAUUUAUCUAAAACCAACUUAAAGUACGUAUAUUCUACACUGUCAGAUAAUUUAAAGUCAGAGCUCCUUUCCCCAAAGAAAUUGUAUUGAUUUACUGAGGAAGCUUCAGGACCACCUACCUAUGACUAUGAAGUUAAGGGAAGGUCAUUGAUUUGCCGGUUAUUUAACUUAAAUGUUAGUGCUAAAAGGUCAGGGUGCUUUUCUAAGCACUUUUGCAAUUUACAUUAUUUUUUUCAGGUUAGACCUAUUAAAGUUUUU